AUGGAUUCAGGCUUGGAUUUAAACAUAGCUUGGUCUCCGGUUGAAGAAGAUGCUCAAGAUAACUUUUUCAACUUCAAUGAUGCUUGGUAUCCAGAUGACGAGGAUGAGAUAAAUGAAAUGGAAGAGUUGGAAGAGCCUGACUUCCCUUUUGAUCUUAAUGAGGAAGUUGGGGAACAUAAUGACUUCCCUUUUGAUCUUAAUGAGGAAGUUGGGGAACAAGAGCAGCAGCAACUACAACCAGAACCACCACAACAACAAACAACAGCUCAUCAUCAUCCCAAAAGGCCCAAGCUCAGCGCUGAAAAGAAGGUGCAAAUUCUCCUUUGGCUACUAGAUAGAGCAAGUACGUCUACUUAUUGUAAAAUCAAUGAUGUUGCACAUGAAUUCAAUGUAACAAGAAGGACAAUCAGCAAAAUAUGGAAUACAGCAAAGAGGCAGAAAGCAGCAAAUCAAAGGUAUAAUUUGGCAACCAAAAUGUACAACUGCGGGAGAAAGAGAAUUGUAGUACAACCCGAAGAUAUCACAAAGAUUGACAUGGGAGAUAGAACAUGUGUAAGGGACUUGGCUAGUAUGCUUCAUAUCUCACCAAGUAGUACAAUUCAAAGGAUGAUUCAAAGGGGAACUAUUAAGCCUCACACAAACCCAUUGCAUCCCGGUUUGAAGGAACCCAACAUGCUAGCAAGAGUGAAGUGGAUUUUGGAUCUCCUGAUAGGGAAUACAGCAGAAACAAAGAGUGAAUAUUACCCAAUGUUUGACUUUGUUCAUUUGGAUGAAAAGUGGUUCUACUUGAGUAGAAAAUCCCAACGGGUCUACUUGGCACAACAUGAAAAAGGAAAAUAUAGGGCUGCUAGUUCAAGUAAAUUCAUACCAAACGUCAUGUUCACUGCGGUUGUUGCCAGACCAAGGUUUAAUGAACAAAAGGAAUGCACUUUUGAUGGAAAAAUCGGCAUAUUUCCAUUCACUUGUCAAGAAGCAGCCAAGAUAAGUUCAAAAAACAGAGACAAGGGGACUAUUGAAACUAAGGUGGUUGAAUCAGUUAACCAGAAAGUCACAAGGAGCAUGCUAAUCAAUCAAAUUAUACCGGCUAUCAAGGAAAAGUGGCCUCACCAUGAAGGACGUAAGGUAAUAUUCAUCCAACAAGACAAUGCAAAAGCCCACAUAACACAAGAUGAUCCAAAAUGGCAAACGGUAUACCAACAAGGUGAUUUCACAUUCAUUUUAAUUCAACAGCCACAUAAUAGUCCUGAUUUAAAUAUUUUAGACUUAGGAUUUUUUAGGAGCAUUCAAUCUUUAAUGCACAAAAAAAUGCCUAAGGAUGUAGACAAGAUGAUGGAGGCGGUUAAUGAAGCUUUUUAUGAGUUAGACCCUAACACCCUAAGUAAUGUUUGA